AUGGCGAGCGCCAUCGAAUGCCACUCGCCCUACACGAGCCCCGCGGCGCACUGGAGCUCGCCCGGCGCCUCUCCUUACCUCAAGCAGCCUCCUGCCUUGACGCCGAGCAGCAACCCCGCCGCCUCUGCAGGCCUGCACUCCAGCAUGGCCUCCUACUCGCUGGAGCAGAGCUACCUGCACCAGAACGCCCGGGAGGAUCUUGCAGUGGGAUUGCCUCGAUACCAGCACCACUCUACCCCAGUGUGUGACAGAAAAGACUUCGUCCUCAAUUUUAAUGGCAUUUCUUCCUUCCACCCUUCAGCUAGCGGGUCAUAUUAUCACCACCACCACCACCAGAGUGUCUGUCAGGACAUUAAGCCCUGUGUCAUGUGAAUGGACAGGGAUACGCAAGCCGUGGUCCUCUCUUCCCAGGGUCCGAUACAGACUCUGGUGACAUAAUGUGCACGCAGAUAGCAGUAAGUAGCACUCCGUAGCACGCUGGUCACUUAGCCCCAAUACCCAGGAGAGCCUUGUUGACUGCUGUUUUCUACUAGUGACAGAAGGACAAUCCCUGGCAAGGUCAUGCUCCGCAUACAUGGAGGCUCCCGAGUAGAAUGUUAACUUCCUAGGGGAUGUGUUGAACCCUAACCCAAUGGAGAACAUGAACAUGUAACUCUGGGAACCUCCGCUGCCUUCAGCAAUCAGGGUCUGAUCAAAGCCGACAAGUUGUGUUGUGUUUUGUUUUGUUUUCCUGAGUCUAUGAAAACGUGUAUGCUUUUUCAAAAGGAAGUGCCAAGCACAAGGUUGCAAGAAGUCCUCAUCUUGUUGCCUAGUCAGUAGCAGAGUUCUGUUUCGCCAAAUACUCCCAUUUGGAUGCAGGUGCCAAAGAACCCUAUUAAGUAUUUAGAAAUAACAUGUCUAGUUUAAGGAAAUGGUUUUUCAGUAUUGUGACAAUACAACAUUUUUAUGAAGUUGUUUUCUACCACCGUAUUUUAAAGAUAUUUUAUGAUCUUUGUGUGUACUCACACUCUUGCUUAUAGUUUAAAUGGAGGAUAUAUUUGCACUUAUGUAUACUUUUACAGUUUGCCAA